AUGCAUUCAAAAUUGCACUUGUUCUUUGCUGUUCUUGUUCUUACUGUUGCAGUUUCUGUCAUCGUUUAUAUUGUUAAUUUACAUAAGCACAGAUCCCUUAGGAGGUUAGACCUCUCAGAAAGUCCUCUUUUAGCCAGAGCCUGUGAUGCCCUUAUUGAUGAGAAGGCAUUUUUUGUACAAGAAAAUACUUUAAUUACAUCAUUUGGGAAAUCUAACUGCAGUGAGUAUUUGAUCCAAAAUCACUAUAUAACACACCCGCUCUCUGCAGAGGAAGCUGUAUUUCCUUUAGCUUAUAUCAUGACUCUACAUAAAGAAUUUGAGACUUUUGAGAGGCUCUUCAGGGCUAUUUAUAUGCCCCAAAAUGUGUACUGCAUCCAUGUGGACAAGAAGGCACCAGCUCAGUUUAAGCAAGAUGUGGAGAAGUUAGUGAGCUGUUUCCCUAAUGCUUUUCUUGCCUCCCAAAUGGAGCUAGUGGUUUAUGCUGGCGUAUCUCGACUUCAGGCUGACCUGAACUGCAUGAAAGACCUCCUGGAAUCAAGGGUGCAGUGGAAAUAUGUUCUCAAUGUGUGCGGGCAAGAUUUCCCCUUAAAGACCAACAGAGAAAUAGUUCAGUAUCUGAAAGGAUGUAAAGGGAAAAACAUCACCCCUGGAAGAUUGCCUCCUCCUCACGUUAUCAGAAGGACCAAAUAUGUCUACAGAGAACAAAUAUACAGUGUCUUUUCUUUUAUGCUGUGGACCUUUGUACGGAAAGCACCACCUCCACACAGUCUGACCAUUUACUUUGGCUCUGCUUAUAUCGCUGUCACGAGGGAAUUUACUGAGUUUGUUCUGAAAGACCAACAAGCCAUUGAUUUACUCGCCUGGUCCAAGGACACAUACAGCCCAGAUGAGCAUUUCUGGGUGACACUCAAUAGGAUACCAGAAACUAUUUACCAACACUAUUUGGUCAUCACAAGCAUUGAUGAGCUUUAUUUGUCUCAAGAAAUCUAUAGACCAACAAGGGGCAAGGUGCUGCUGGACCUGUAUGGAUGGGACAAUGUGAUUAUAGAACUUUGUGAAGGAAUCACAUUACAGAGAGAGCCUGUGAGUGAAUUAACUUGCAACUGGAACUUGGGGAGAGGCAAAAAGGGAGAAACUGAUGAAGAAGAGAACAAGGAGGACAGAAGGAAUCAAUAG